AUGGCGUCUGUACCACUGUCUCAAGAAGAGCUGGUCUCUGCAUUCAAUCAGUACAUGCCAAAGCGACCAGUCUACCCACCACUCGUUGACGAUGGAGAGAGCCUGGAGAAUUCAGCAACCGAGUCAGAAGGAAGCGAUGAUGAGUGUGAGAUGAAGAAGAAAAUGAAAGUCGCAAUUACCCUCUCCGCUGUAAUGACUCCAGAGUGUCAGAAAUCAUGGAUGAGCGCUUCUUGCAAACUUCCGAAAACUUAUCUCGAGAAUAAUAUUAAGACUGAUCUGGAAUUCGUUCUCGCAAAACUAGUCAAUUUAAAAAUGAAACCUGCAAAUCCAAUCGAAUGGCUAGGAUAUGCUCUACUCAACCGCAAAAUUAUGAAACCGGGACUAAAAACCGAGGAUCACAAAGUGAAGCCAGUCGGAGGUCAACUCGAUUUCAAAAUUGAAGCCGACUUCAAUCCGUAUUACAUUUGGCGUGAGGUAUCACUUGACUCCUACGAAAGCGAGAUGAACUAUUCAGUGACCGGUAGAAAACGUAAGCGCUCCACUGAGCCACAAUAA